AUGCUGAAUGGUUAUGAAAGGCUGGGCCAUCAGACAAUUAAUGCAUGGCUUUGGUAUCCGCAGAAGUACUUAUGCCUUGCCGCUUGUCAUUCGAUGUGCGUUGUUGUUGUUGUUGUCUUUGCUAUUGCGGGCACAUUUGCAGUGCUGCUGCUCGAAAGUACAAAGACCCGCAAGCGUAGUGAAAUACCUGUACAUAAGAGUCCAUGGGCACCAAUGUAUUUGAUAUGCGACGAAGAGCACAGUAAGUUGUCUUUGGCUAGCAUGCUGAAAAUCGCCAUUGUCGUCUUGUGCCUUGUGGCUGCGGCUGCAGCGCUCCCCUUUCAACAGCAGCACCGACUCAUCCGCGAUGUCUCUGAAAUUUUAGCGCCACCAGUAGAUGUGUAUUUGCCUCCCACAGCUGUCGCAGACGCUGCAGCGCCGCAAAGCAUCUACCUGCCACCUGUUGAGCCAGCGCCAGAAGCCCAAGCAGCGCAACCAACUGCUGAGGAAGUGGAGGCAGCAUCUAUCGCCGCAGCAAAAGAAACCUCCCCCGAUGCCAGUGAAGCGAAUGCUGUUGAAGAAAGUGAAGUCGUCGAAGCCGUCACCGAAGCAGUGCCGGAGACAGCUGUAUUUGGUGAAAAUGGCUACGAGUACCGCGCCGUACGCAAACUCCGCCUACGUCAACGUCGUGAUGUCUCCCAUCUGAAUCUCGGCUAUCUGCCACCAUUACCUGCUGCGCGUGUAUCAAGCCACUACUUGCCACCACAAUUGGAUGUACCACAACCGGAAGUGCCUCAAUUGAAAAUUUCCAAUGAAUAUUUGCCGCCUGUGAAUGAAAAUCUUGUGCGUGAAGCGCCCACAACUGAAGCAGUCGAAACGGAAGCGCCCGAAACUGAAGCGCCAACCACCACAGAAGCACCAACUACCACCGAAGCGCCAACCACCACCGAAGCACCAAUCACCACCACCACAACAGAAGCAGCAGCGCCUGAGGAGACUGCUGUUCUAGCUGAUGAUGGUUACCAUUAUAGAAAACCUGCUGUGUUGCCUGAUUUAGGUUUUUCACCUUUGGUGAAAGUGGCCGAACCAGAUGCGGCACCCGAAGCGCCAGCGCCCCAAGAGCCAGAGGCUGUGGAAGAGGUGGUCGUUGAAUCGGCAGCUCCUGAAGCUGAGCCGGAACCAGAAGCCGAGCAAGAGCAACAGCCUGAGCCCGAACCCGAGCAAAUAAUUGAUGUUGAGCCUGAACGCGCCUACUUGCCGCCACUAGAAGCGGGUGUAGUGGAGGCUGAAGGUCCAGGAGAGGAGUCAGCUGCUCUACACGAUGAUGGCUAUCACUAUCGUGUGGUCAAGCGUGUAAGAUUAUUUUAG